AUGUCGACUAAAACUAAACACGCCUGUUCGUCCUGCAGGAGCAUGAAGCGCAAAUGCGACGGUCAGCAUCCGUGCUCUAAUUGUGUAAAAACAGACCAAGACUGCGUAUACAACAAACCUUCACGCAAGCGCCGGCGUUCGAUUACCGCUCCGACUGAACAAGCACGCGAUGAUCUCCAGACGGGCCCAGCUGUACUUCGUACAGGGGUGCUCGCCGAAAUAAACUCUGGGGCAAUCCUCGCGAAGGGACUAGGCCUCUCAAGCAGUUCUUCCUCUAUUGAAAGACCGCGCCUUUGCUCGUGGAACCUCAGCCUGCGAGACAAUACCAUAGGCUGCUACGCAGAGGCACCGCUCACUCAAGUCUUGAGUAUCUCUCAAGUUCAUCCCGUGUACAACUUCCUUGAUCGUGCGAUGGUUGAGCGUGCCAUUCUUUCCAUGUCGCCUGAUCAGCCUUUAUUUGACCCUGCCCACCACGUGCUUCUGGGAAUCGCUGCUGUAGCAUGCCUUUUCAGCGAUCAACCAGUUGAUUUGGAGCCUCGGAUUGUGCAGUACGCUCGAGGCGCUCUGGAGCAUUCGACUACGCUACAAUUACCGACCGUGGAUCACAUAGUCGGGUGGCUACUCCGCGUCAUCUACCUACGAUUGACCGGCUCACCAAACGCGACAUGGAUCGCCAGCUGCACACUGAUGCAUAUGAUUGAGACAGCCAGGCUGCAUCUCGAACCAUCAAAUGUCUGUGUACCUUCAUCUGGGGAUAGCUCCUACAGUCCACAACUCAAAAAACGAAUCUACUAUAUCGCGCAACUCUUUAAUACAUGGAUAUCCUACGACUACGGACGAUGUCGUAUCAUACCUCGCGGGGCAUCCUGCUCCCUUCCCGCAGAAGACUGGACAGCAGACGACAUCGCUAUCUGGCGAUUGACGGACUCCUUGGAUCCCGAUCGAAAUCUUGACUCGACAGACCUAGAGAAUCUACUGCUCCAAGCUUCCGAACUGACGCUAUCCCAUCCGGCCUUGGAACUCAAGCGGUGCAAUAUUGCAUUGUGCAUUUAUCGCAGGCUUCGCGUAUCCGGUCGUGUCGUUUCCAAUACGGGCAUUGACAAAGCAACUGAAAUGGCUAGGAGACAUUCCCCCUGGUGGCAUAUUGUGAAUGUGCCUUUCCAGACCAUUUGCGUCCUGCUUGCAAUUGAUACGAGAGCUUCGCUUGAGCGUGUAGGGAAGUCACUUUCUAGUUUGCGAUUGAUUGCAGGUAUCUAUGGCACGAGUGCCAUCAAUGAGACCUUUGUGGCUGCCCGUUCCCUUAUACGGAUUCAUAUGAAGCGGAAAAAGGAGGAUUAUGAAAAAAUCAACUCCUCCACUUGA